AUGGAACAAGGAUAUGACAAUAGAUUAAGUGUGUCUCUAGAUGAGUUGUGUUUUAAUGCUGAAAAUGGAAGCACUAAUAGGAGAAUAAUGAACAAGAAACACUAUGAUGAUGAUGGCAAUAAAGUGUUCACAUCAAAGAACCUUGAGACAGAAAGGAAGAGGAGGAUGAAACUUAGUGCCAGACUUUUGAAGCUUAGAUCUUUAGUACCCAUCAUCACAAAUAUGAACAAAGCAACUAUUAUUGAGGAUGCUAUCAGUUAUAUCAUGCAGCUACAAAAUGAAGUUGAGAGUCUUGCACAAGAGCUUCAAGAAAUGGGAACAACCGCAGAGGAAGCAGGGCAAAAAAUGUAUGAACCUUCUGCUGCAGAAAAGAUGAAGAAAUGGGGGGUCCAGGAAGAGGUGGUGGAGUUGAAAAAAAUUGAUGAGAAUAAGUUUUGGGUCAAGAUGAUCCUUGAGAAUGAGAGGGGAAGGUUCACUAGAUUAAUGGAGGCCCUUAAUGAUUUAGGCAUUGAAAUGAUGGACCCUAAUGUUACAACAAUGCAUGGAGCAUAUCUUAUUACAGCCUCUUUACAGAGCAUGUUUGGUGCACUUGACAUUCAUCAAAUUCCAAAUAUUAUCAAGUUCAAUUAG